CGGUUCAGGUUCCGGAGGCGCCGCUUAUCCUGUCGUACGGUUUUGUAGUACGUGAUUGCGGAAGGUCCAUUGAACGCAGUCACUUGCCGCCUGAAGCCUUUGUGCACUUUGUGCGCUACGUGAUCAUGGCAGCUUUUUGCCCGUUAGCGACGUAUGUGUGUCCCGCCGGCAUGCGUUGAGGUCUCGAUGCACCACCUUGGCUCAUCGACUCGUCGUAGGAGUGCCGAGUGGCCGCCGACUGCUGCUUAUGCUUUCGUGCCGCUGACGACGGCUGUCCCUGCAUAUUUCGAAUCGUUAUACCUGUGAUCAUCCUCACUUUCUGCAAUCAGUGUCCCCUCUACAAAUGGAGGGCUCAGCGCGUAGCGAGAAAUCCGUGUCCUUGAUUGUGGUAUAAUCUGCGUGGGCCUUGCAGCGGAUCGAUCAAUCGAGCGCGAUUAUGGAGAAACCACCUGUUAACGAGGCACCUAUUCUCCAUGUCGUCGUCGUUGGAUUUCACCACAUCAAAGGGUACCAGCUGGAGUAUGCAUAUCCUCCAAUAUUGGGAAAAGGAGAGACAGAAGCCCAGGAGAACCAAGAUCUUCCCGAGCCAUGGAAGCAUCUUCCAUCCCUUGCAUUGCCCGAUGGUGCUCAUAAUUAUGAAGAAGAUACUGUAUAUUUUCACUUGCCAGCUUUGGACAACCCAAAGCGAACCGUAUUCGGAAUAUCAUGCUAUCGACAGAUCAGUGCAGAGAUGCUACUUCGGCGGGGCUCAGACGUCACGCGCAGCUCUGUGCAGAAGAGUGUGUGUGUGCUGAGCCGAUUGCCGCUGUACGGAGUUAUACAGGCCAAGUUGCAGCUGGUAACUCAUGCCUACUUUGACGAGCGAGACUUUAGCCAAGUGGCACUCCUCAAGGAAACAUACCAAAACUUGAAUGCCUUGCUCUCGUCUGACAUGAUGCACGGAGGACAGCCAUACCUGGGGCUGUCCUCACGUGACUUGGUCUUGCAUUUCAAGCACAAGGCAGUACUGCUGUUCAAGCUGCUCCUGUUGGAGCGCAAGGUGUUGUUCUACAAGACACCUGUCAAAGAUCUCUGCUCCACUAUUCUCACUCUCUGUUCUCUGUUUCCUGGCAUGUUGGAGCAGGGCCUGGAGGAAUGUGCCUGCACAGCUGGUCUGCGGCAGCUGAGCUCCGAACUGCGCCCCGAGGAACACGACUUCCUCGAGGUCCACUUGAGUCACUCGCCUAGUGAGCUGAAGCAGAGCCUCGACACACUUGCCUCGGAGAAGAACAGGAAAAAGGAAUUCAGCUCAGAAGAUGCAGUGAGAGAAGAGGAAGUGCACUCACCUGAAGAUUUGAGUCUGCUGUCCAAGACAAUCCGGAACUCGGAGUCUAAAAGCCUGGCCAAGCGAGCUGAGUCAUUUGAAGAUGCAACAGAUGAUGUCAAGUCCGUCACUGUCACUCGAAAAGAUUCAGAGGAGAAGAAAGAUAAGACUGAAACACCGCGUCUCUCUCUGGGUUCUGUUGGUAAAGAGUUCAUCAGCAAGAUUCUGCCAGUAAGCCUUGGCGACAUCCCAUACCUGAACAGGAUCACUGAUGAUGCUGUGUUUGAAGAAGAGGACAAACUCGUCUCUGAAAUAGAUGAGCUGCUAGACUCGGAUCCCAAAGAAAAAACUGAAAUGAGAUCUAAAUUGGAAUUUGUAGAAAGAGAGGAUUGUGAUGUGAUGAAAUCACCCACAACACCUGUUGCCGGCAAAGAGGCUGCCAGCUUUCUUGGUACUCGAGGAUUCAUUUGGAGCAAACUGCCAUCUGCCAUCUACAGUCUCACAUCUAGAGAAUCACCAUCUGGUGUCACAAAGGGUGGUGCACCUGGAGCAGGCGACGACAGUGAUUUUGCUAGUGAGCUGGACGGUUCAAUGACACCAUGUGAAGACAGCUCUGGUUUGGGGACUCUCAACCUCGCUGGUGAAGGCGGUGAAUUGGGUAAUGCAUCAGCCUUGAGCAGUCGGGACCAGGAUGACCUGCUGCUUCUGCAGAGCAUUCCCAAAGUCAUAGCCCUGCCUAAUGAAGACUGUGGCCUGCCACUUUGCAUAUUCUCAAAGGGUUCGCUAUGCCUGCCAUAUGUAUCUCUGCCUACCAUAGACCUACUCAGUGACAUCAGCAUACGAAGCUGUGUUGUGGGAGCGACAAAUGACCUCUUCAAGCAGAAAAAGCACCUUUUUGAUGUCAUUGUUGAGGUAGAUGAGUGCAAAAUCACAAUCUUAGACAAUGACCUUCGGCGACAGCUUUACCUCACCAUGGAAGACCUUCGUUUUGCUGACUACUUAGUCAAGAAUGUCCUUGAUGACUCACGAGACCUCUUCCUUGAUGGCACAUGCUGGCAAGGAGGUGAGGAAUGGCUAAGAUCAGAGUUCAAGGUGUACCUAAUAAGCCUGAUGAAGACUGCUCAGUUGGAAGAUGCUGUCAGUAGUAAGGAUCAGGAAGCAUUUAAUACUGCCUUCCUGAGUGCCUGGAAGACGACGCACAACUUCAAGAUGUGGAACAGUGUGGAGCACCCUUGUCUUUCUGAUAUACCCACGGGUCAUUACUACAAGGGCCAGCUGACAGUUGCUGACAUGAAGUUACGGAUUUCUCACUCCAUCCAGAACUCUGAAAGGGGCCGCAAACUCAACCAAGCUGUGGUGUCCACUGGAAAAGCCAUGGCACAGACAACAGGGAAGGUUGUUGGCGGUGCCUUGACGUCUGCAAAAUCUGUUGUCUCAUCUCUGUGGUCCCACUUCAGCCCACCGACGCCUUCAUCGUCCACUGAAUCGGUUCCUCCUGCAUUGCCCAAAGAAGAGAGUGUCGAAACAGUCUUAAGCCCCAAGGAGUGACUGAUUUGCACCUUGUACUCUUUUCUGCACUGGAGAUAUUUAUUUUGAGACACUAGCCGAGCUGUAAUCGAAUUCAUGCCACGCGGUGGUGGCCUUCGUGUUACACUCGUAGCCAAGCCGCUCUGGCUUUGUUUCCCUUUUUAAAGUUUAUGUACCCUGGUGUACAAGUGCAUACACGUUCUUGCAUCAACAGAGGUUGGUCAGCGAAAAAGAAAAGGCUGCGGCAGCAUGGAAGACAUACCCUAUACUCUUGUACUGUGCAUCCCCGCUGUGUGUGCCACAGUGAGUGUUUACAUUUUGUCAACAUAAUGUUCUUCAUGUGUUGAUAGGCUGGCCUACUGACACGUGAGAUGAUGCUUCUUUUGUUUCAUUUUUAAUUACGUUUUUGUAUAUAUUUUUGUAAAGAAUUGAGAGGUUGAGUUAUGGCCAUUCAAGCAGUGAAUGUCAGUUUAUUUCACUCUCCUGUCUGCAUUGCUGGCACUCCCUAGCUUGUGUUGCAGUUGUAAUGAUGAUGCUGGAACUGACUUUUGGUUCAGUAUCACAAAGUAUUAUAUGUGGCCACACCGUGAUUUAUGCUAGAGUCUAUUAAUAACCGAAAGAAAAAAAUACAUUGGAAUGCUUGUAUUGCAAAUUUCGUUUUUCUGCAAUGUCCCAUUUGGUGAUUACUGUAAAGGCUGCCUGUUCACAAACUCUACAUUUAGCAUCUUCAGCUGAAUGCUAAGAUUAAUAAAUACUUGCAGAGCUAAAUUUUUUUGCAGGGGAAAUGGACCGUGGUUCAUAUUUUGUCAUUGUUUUCCAUUCUUUUCUGAUCAUCUGUUACACUAAGUGGUCGAAGUCGAGGCUGGUGGUAAAGCUGACAUGGCCGUACCCAAGCCAAUACUGUAGGGUGGAAUGAAUGGGGAAUGUGACGAUAAAGCUACAAAAUAUGGCCUUGAAUGCGUAUUUUGAUGAGAAUUAGAUUUUUUUUUAUUUUGCUGGAGUAACCUUUAUAAUCUCUAGGCUAGGGGACUCACUAACUCAUGCAAAUUAGGCUGUUGCAAAAACUAAUUUAUGGUAUAUGCCACAGUUAUACAACAGUCCAUACUUUUUUUUUAUGUGAAACACAAACAUUUUGAGCUUACUCCUUGAGGUGCAUUUGAAUAACCCUAUCUUACGCUUUUGUUUGUGUUAGGGUUUUUUUUUAAUGAGUGACAUUUGAUGUGAAAUGUGUGCGUAAUUUUACUAAUUUUCACCUCAUCGUAGUUCAUGACAUUAUAGGAAUAAUGAGUUUUCAGAAUGAAUUGUACGUGAUGACUCGACUAGGUGAGCUGAUUAUGUAGAAGCUGAGGCUGCUUGCGUUGUUGUAUUACCUUGUUUUCAUAGCAAAGUCUUCGUCAAAUGUCUGGAAGCAACUUCAAAAAUCACAAGAUUCAGGAAAAUAACAUACAGCAGAAAUGUGGAGCAACAAUAGUUCUGUAGAGGUCCCAGGACACAGCUCACCAGCAAUUCCCUCAGUGGCUUUGAGACUUUUGGCAAAAGCUACGCUGUUGUAUUGACAAUACAUUUAAGGGGAAAAUUUAGCUUGGUGCCAGCUUCAUCUUUCCUAUCCAAAUGCAUGCGAAACGUAGUAACAAGUUGUGCACAGAUAUCAGUGACGUAUUUAAAUUCCCCUGU